CUCUGGGGCGAGGACUUUGUCCAAAUUCCUUGCGUUCACUGGAGUCCUCGAGUGCGUUACGGGCGCCGAGAGGCAGCCGCGUCCGCUGCAGGCCCGCACAUUUUCCCGUUCCGUGGCCUCCCGCCCUGCGCCGCGUGAGAAUCAUCUACCCUUUGGUACAGACAAAAGAGCAGUUAGCAAUUAGACAGGAAAAGAAUGGCAUUGAAACAGAUUUCCAGCAACAAAUGCUUUGGGGGAUUGCAGAAAGUUUUUGAACAUGACAGUGUUGAACUGAACUGCAAAAUGAAAUUUGCCAUCUACUUACCACCAAAGGCAGAAACUGGAAAGUGCCCUGCACUAUAUUGGCUGUCUGGUUUAACUUGCACAGAACAGAAUUUUAUAUCAAAAUCUGGUUAUCAUCAGGCUGCCUCAGAACAUGGCCUUGUUGUCAUUGCUCCAGAUACCAGCCCUCGUGGCUGCAAUAUUAAAGGAGAAGAUGAGAGCUGGGACUUUGGCACUGGCGCUGGGUUUUAUGUGGAUGCCACUGAACAUCCUUGGAAAACUAACUACAGAAUGUACUCUUAUGUGACGGAGGAGCUUCCUCAACUCAUAAAUGCCAAUUUUCCAGUGGACCCCCAAAGGAUGUCUAUUUUUGGCCACUCCAUGGGAGGCCAUGGAGCUCUGAUUUGUGCUUUAAAGAAUCCUGGAAAAUACAAAUCUGUGUCAGCAUUUGCUCCAAUUUGCAAUCCAGUGCUUUGUCCUUGGGGCAAAAAAGCCUUUAAUGGAUAUUUGGGAGCAGAUCAAAGUAAAUGGAAGGCUUAUGAUGCUACUCAUCUUGUGAAGUCCUUUCCAGGUUCUCAGCUUGACAUACUAAUUGAUCAAGGAAAAGAUGACCAGUUUCUUUCAGAUGGACAGUUACUACCUGAUAACUUCAUAGCUGCCUGUACAGAAAAGAAAAUCCCUGUUGUUUUUAGGUUACAAGAGGGUUAUGAUCAUAGCUACUACUUCAUUGCUACCUUUAUUACUGAUCACAUCAGACAUCAUGCAAAAUACCUGAAUGUUUAAAAAACUUCAUAUACGAGAAUCUCUUCAGGAUUAUAAAAAUUAUAACUAAUUGCAGGGAAAUAAGAUUUCAAAACAUUGUAUUUCAUUCUAUAGUUGAAUCACCUUCUGAAUAAAUAUAUGAAACCUU